UCUUGAAUUCCCUGCACCUUGUUAUUGGUUGUGAGCGGACAGUUCUAUAACAUGCGCAGAAAUUCGGGCUUAUUGUUCGUUAAGUGCGCAAAAGAAGAAAAUGGAGGUGGAUCUUAAUCUGGUGCUGCAAUCCGGGGCAUUAAAAGCAAUCUAAACCACGUCGUACUGAAAGACGUCCGAAGCCUUUUGACUCAACAAGCAAAAUCGGAUCUCAGUCCGUAAAGGGGGGAAAAAAAGGUCUCCUCACUGUCUUCCUUAGGGAAACGGAAGACGUCGGCAGAAAGGACAACCGCUUUCUCUUCACACUGACGAACAAAGCGGACUUCUAACGCCUAUUAAUGGUAACUGAUCAGCUAUUAUCACACAACAAAGAUAUGUAGCCCAUAAACAAAAGAGGACGUCUGACUGCGAAGCCCUGAAGAGCAACGUGGAGCCGUGAUCUGAUGGCCCAGUUUUGACUUCUUCAAGACUUUGAUGCCAGCAGACAUUUUACCAACAGCAUUCUCCCAGAUUGAGUCCAACAAAAUUCAGAAUGUCUCGACAUUUUGAAGGACUAAACAGCAGCAUAAUUUAAGAGAAAAAGACCUUCAAGGCACAGAGGUUCCCAAUCAGAUGUGAUACAGUUCCUCCUGGAUUGUGCUUGUAUGUCCUUGGAAAGGCUGUACUUUCCAGUCCAUGUAGAGAAUGGCUCAUGGGUGGAAUUCAUACUUACAUAAUUUCCCACCACUCUCAUCGGAUCCUGGGACUCUGAGGACAGCAGAAUUUGAGGGAACUUUUACCCAACAUGCAGAGAACUUCACCGGACAUACUGUAUUCUCAGGCACAGCUGCUUCGCAGGAAGCCCCAUUACCAAAUUCAAGCUUCAGUGUGAACAGUUGCACAAACACCAGUACUGAAAAUUCAAGUUCAGACUGCAAUUAUCAAAACUUCAGUGAAGUGCAAUGGCGAUCUGAUGGAGAAUACCUGGAAAAGGAUUACCUGCAAAGAUGUGGAAAUGGUGAGAUCUCAAAUUUUGGCACAGAAAGAACACCAGCAUCAGGAACCUUUUCUUUACCUUUUGCACCUGAUUUACAAGGACUUAAACAAGACUGUGAAAUGCUACCUACGUCAUGUCUUGCAAACUACUCAGAUGUCAGUAGCUGUUCAGAUACAGAUGCUAGUGAAACAAGGCCUUCAUGUAAAUUCAUGGACUGUGGCUUAUUUUCAAAACAAAAAAUUGACUGCCUUUCAAGAGAGAGCCCAUUGGCAUGUUUUUUCAGUAAGACUGGAAGUAUACCUUUCUUGAAUGAUGGCCCGUGUGCCAAUACAUCAGAGACAAACUUUCCAUCAAAUGUGAAAGAGGGAGAAAACAUAGUAUCAUGUGCGCAAGAAAAGAUUGGAAGUUCAGAAAAAGCAAUCAGACCUUUUGCUGGACCUGAUCAGUCCUCGACUACUACCUCUUUUAUGCUGGCAACUACAGAGAAUGAGACCAUCUAUGAUGGGAAUGAUACUGAUGGUUUGCAAGAUCAAAAACAAAAGCAAGACAUGGAGACAAAUCUUCAAGAAUGUGCAUAUCCAGAUUACUCAAUGAGUGAAAACUUGACUGGAGUUGAACAAUAUCCACUGGAUAAGGAGGAAGAGCAGAUCAUAUCAGCUGCUACAGCUACAUUUGGCAAUGAGCAAGGUGAUGCAGAUAAAAAUAUCCUCUACAAAAUAACGAAUAAAAACAAGGGAGCCGGGAAUCCAAACUCUGAAACUGAUGGUAAAGAUGGACUUGUAAAUGAAGAUUUGCAGGGAAAUGCUCUUAUCUUAAAAAGGCAAAGAGAAGAAAUGUGUUCACCAGAAAGUGAAAUUUCCCUCAAGAAUAAAUCCCCAAUUCCCAAUAUCAUUAAUUGUGAAAUUGAAAACAUAGAAACUGGCUUUCAGGAGAAAGAAAUCCAGAAAAAUACCUCCCAAUCUUCCGACAUACCAGUUAUCAAGGAGCUGACAUCUGAAGUUGACAGUCAGGAACAGAAUAACUGCUCUCAUGUUAACAGUCAUGACAGUGAAUCCAGCUUGCAGUUGCCUGAGCAACAAUCUUGUGAAAGUGUAUCUCAGGACUACAGCUGUGAAAGCCUUGCUAAGAUAAGAGCUGAUCAUUUGAGUGAUGUUAGUGUUACAGUCCUUUCAGAGUCCUGUUUGCAACCAAAUGCUAAAAAAGACACAAAUAUAGAUAGUGAAACUAAGAAAGAUAAAGAAAUUGCAAAUACAGCAUGGAAGGAAAGUACAGAUUUUUCUCUAGCACUAGAUUGUAGUGACCCAGAAGACAUUAGUGACUGUGCUUCUAAAGAUACUAAUGAUGACAAGGAAGGUGUCACUAGUCUCGUAGAGUCUGACUUGCAGUCGCACGGUACAAGCCCAGGGGCAAAUCCUGACGUACAUGAACAAUCGACAAGUGACGCAAAGACACCAGUGCUUUCCCUAGAUUCAGAUUGUAGUGGUCCCAUUGUCACUGUUAAUAAAAUAGCAAAGGAUACUUCUAAUGAAAAUGAUCCAGAUGUUGACGCUUGUGUAAACUCCUGUAUAGAGCCACAUCAGUCAAGCACAAGCAUUUCCCCUAGUCUAGAAAUGGAAAUGAGCCCAUUAGAGAAGAUGGCCCCAAUUAUCUCAAAAAAUCCAGAUUGUAGUGCCCCUAAUGUCAGUAGUGAUUGUUCUUCUGAUAUUGGUGACGAGAACAAUGAAAGGGUUGAAAAUCAUCCAGAAUCCUGCUUAGAGCCACAGUUCUCAGUCCCAGACAAACACACAAGUCCAGAAGAAAAGAAAAUUCCAAAAACCUCUUCAGAUUGCAGUGGUGCCAAAACUGACCACCUCUCUCCUGAUGCAGGUGAUGAGAAAAAGCAAAGUGUGACAACUAAACCAGAAUCCUGCUUACAGCCUGAUAAUGUGGAUACAGACGUGCAUCCUUGUCUUGCAAAGGAAUGGACAGGUCCAGCUGAGAGCACAAGUACAUCCUCUCCUGCAGAUGCAGAACAUAGUAGUCAAGCUGUGACAGCUGACUCCAACAAGCAAAGUGUUCACUGUAGUUUAGAAUCCUGCUUACAAUCAAAUACCUCGAGCAGUGAAUUAGAUUCACAUUUAGAGGAAGAAUGGAUGAGUCCAAUAAAUCAUGUGAAUACAACCUCCCUACCAGACCAGUACCAAUCACCUCAUGAAAGUCUCACAGCAGAACAGCCACAAAGUCCUGUGGGAGAUGUUUUUGAAAAUGCUAGAGAGUCAUUUGAUGAGUUGGACUCCUUCACACAGGACCAGUCAGUGCCUGACCCACUGUAUGGUGAACCUCUGUCAAGAGAAGACUCUUGUGACUCUGACGAAACAAAUCUUGACUCAAGUCAAUAUCAAGAAACAUAUGUGAUCAGGCCUGAAGAAAACAGUUUGGAUCAUCCAGAGGAAGCAGCAUCUGAACUCCAGUCUUCUUUCCAAAUGAGAAAACUGUUUCUUCCUGUUGUGGUAUUGAGCACCUUAGAACCAGCAAAUGCAAUGAGUGACUCCUACCACUGCACAGAUUGCCAGUUCACUAUCCAAAAUGUAGACCAUCUAAUUGAACACCACCACAGUUGCCAUCCAAUGAUCAAUUUUCAGUUUUGCCGAACUUGUAAUGUUUAUCCGAUGAGCAGUGAAGACGGCAAGAAGCAUUUCUGUGGUGUGGUCAACAAAAGACCGAGCAUCUCUUCUAAUUCUGUCCCACUGAAGAAGAGAAAAUUCCAGGGCCGCCACAAGUGCAAGAAGUGCGGACUCAUUUUUUCAAAAAUACUUCAUUUCGUCAAACAUAUGAGGACUCACACUGGCAAAACACCGUAUAGGUGUAGUGAAUGUGGCUUGUAUUUUGCACAACCUAGUUCACUGCGAAGGCACAAAAGUGUACCUCAAAGAUGCAAGGUAUCCCAAUUGCCAGUUUCAAAUUCUGAUGCAAAUUUUUGCAAAACUGAAUCGCCACCACCAGAAGAUGUACCACAAAAAGAUGUGCCACCAAACCUUUUGGAUGAAAGCAUGAAGAAGUGUUAUGUAAAGCUUUUUGACAUCUCCAAGCGAAGUCUUUGUCAUAUAUGUGGUAAAAGCUUUUCCUCUUCAAGGAAGGCCAAAAAGCACAUUUAUGAUGUGCACAAAAGAAAGAAAAUGGCUAUUACAACAAAUCAGUUCAUAGAUGAUAGUAGUAAGCAUACCGCAGGCAAACAUGAGCCGAGAGGAAAAUAUAAAUGUCCUCUUUGUCCACGGCUUUUCAAGUACUCCUACAACAGAGCUCGACAUUUGCGUGACUGCGUCAGGAAUGCUACAUAUGGUGGCAAGGGAAAAGUUGGUGACAAAUAUGUGUGUCCCUUGUGCACAGCUGCCUUCACAUUACCAUCAAACCGAUACAGACACAUUAAAGCACUUUGCCUGAAAGAGUGUCUUAAUCGACUUGCACAAGAAAGGGCAAAGUCAUGGGAAGAGACUAAACCACAGAAUACUGUGGAAUAUGAGCAGAAACCACAGUCUAAUGAUGACGUGCAUGAUGCCCAGUCAAUGGUAAAUGUGCAGAAAGUACAAAGGAAAGAUAAACAAAAAAAACUAGCACUCCCAGGUUUAACAACCUCCAAGUCUACACUACGUUACAAAUGCAAUCAGUGCCCUGCAGUUUUUUGUCAUCCCUCUGGGAAGUAUAGACACAUGAAGAAGCAUGAAUUGUUUAAACUCACUGGAAAGAUGUUCAAGUAUAGAAAUUCUGUAUUGUCUUUAAUGUCAAAACCAGAGACUCCAAGUUCAGCAAAGAUUGAAGAGAGCACUGUUCACGCAAAACCAUCUGACGAAACUGCAAAACCUGCUCUGAGCUGUCGCUUUUGUGGAAAAUGUUUUGAUGCGUUAACAUUCUUGAAGAAACAUGAGCGCAAUCACCGUGGUGAAAGACCGUACCGCUGUUUGGAAUGUGGAAAGGGAUUCAAGAAGCGUACCCAUUUGUUAGGACAUAAAAUUGUUCAUCAGAAGAGGAUACAGUGCACAGUCUGCAAAAAGAUUCUACCAACUGUUGCAGAACUGCUCCAGCACAGGCGCUCCCACCUUAAGAAAGGAAUGCUUAAGUGCCCAGACUGUUCAGCACAGUUCCAGUAUCCAGUAUACCUACUUAGACAUCUUCAAAGCCAUGCCAAUAAACACAAGAAGGCACAGCAGUCUGAGGAGGAAAUGCCAACAAAGUCAGAACAGUCUGUAGAAACAGAGGAAGAGCCGAAUGAACCAAAACAGGUACAAUGUUCCUUGUGCAAAGAAGUAUUUGAUGAUCCCCAAGUACUGAGGAAACACUGUCUCACACACAUAUCGGGCUCAUCUUCAAACCAGUGUCCAUUUUGCAAGCUUAAUUUUAACAGUCGCCGCUAUUUGCUGCGUCAUAUGGUCAAACACACAGGAGAUAAACCUUUUUCUUGCACCAGCUGUGGUAAACAGUUUUACCGAUUAAUGUUCCUCCAACUUCACACUCAGAAGUGUGUGCCUCCUCAGACACAGGAAGCUGCCUUAGAGGAGUCCAGCUGUAAGACAAAAAGACCGUAUCAGUGUUCCAUUUGUCCAAGGAGGUUCUGUAAAAAGGACCGUUUGCAAAAGCAUCUCAUUGCCCACAAGAAAAAUGCCCUCCAUUUGUGUUCAAGAUGUGGACAGUACUUUGGACCUAACAGAAUAGGUCGACAUCAGGCAGAGUGUGGUGAAGCUUCAAACCCCCCCGCUGUUCAGAAAUUUACUCCCAGCAAUUUCAAGCAAGCCUCUUCACAGGCAAGUCAGAAUGUCAGCAAGACACCUUCAAAGUCCAAUGCAACCAUAAUGUUACAGUUUAAAUGCCCCUAUUGUUCGCAAAAGUUCAGGUACAGAUCAUUGUACCUGAGACAUCUGGUUUCACAUACCGGUGUGCAACCCUAUUCAUGUGUGCGCUGUGGUCAAAGAUUUGGAAGUCAGACAUUGUGUUUUAAACAUGAAGCUUUCUGUGAUGGUGUUGACAAAGCUGGACAGUUAGUGACCAAAAGUGAAGCCGCCACACAGAUGGACUCUCUCAGAGAGGAGACCCAAAAAAUCCUCCAAAAGGGUGAAGUAGAGUACAAGUGUAAAUUCUGCACCAAGACUUUCACAAAAGCACGAAACCUGAGAUAUCACAUUUUGACACACAAUGAAGUGAAACCGUAUCGCUGUAAAGCCUGUGACAGCUGUUUUUCAAGGUACGAUCAUCUGAAAGUUCAUCAGACCCGUUGCAAAAUAAAAAAGACACGACUGGAGGUCAGAAUCCCCAAAAUCAGUUUGGAGGAUGUUGGCAUGGGCUGGCAAAGUAAGUUGGACGUUAAGCCUCUUGAAAAGCAGGAGACAUUUGAUUGUGAAGUCUGCUUGAGGAGCUUCCCAACUCAGUCUAAACUUUCCAGACACUUCACCAUGUUUCAUGCUACAAAGCCAUUCAAGUGCACACGUUGUGGCGCCUCUUUCUCUCAUGACAAAACUCUGAAAAAGCACAGGAAAAUGAGGAAGUGCAGAAGGCCCCCCAGUGAAACGAAUGCUUUUCUGCCUCUCGGAGCUGGUCAGCCAGCAGAAAAUGCAGCCAGACCACUUGAUGGUGGAAAAAGUCGACUUCUACUGAGGAUUCAACCUUUCUUAAACAAAAACUUUAAAUAUGUGUGUGGUUUUUGCCCCCGUAGUUUUAAAAACAGCUGGCAACUAAGUGUGCACACCCGUCUGCACACAGGGGAGAAGCCAUAUCCCUGUGAGUAUUGCGGAGAGAGAUUUAUAAGAAAGGACUAUGUGAAGCGCCAUUAUUUAAGGUGCCCCAAGACACUUAAGCGAAGUAAAGUCCUCUGUGACAGAUGUGGAGGAUUUUUCCUUGAAAGCCAGCUUGAAAAUCACAAAAAAGCUUGCGCUUCAAGACAGGCCUCCCCAACAGUUUCCCAGGGCCAGAAGCAAACCCCUCAAAGCCCACCAAAAGGCUUUUCAUGUGCAUACUGUAGUUCACGAUUUUUGCUCUUUUCACAGCUACAGGAGCAUUUUCUGAGCACACACAAGCUGGAAACAAUGAAUCCCUCUGUGUCAGCUGCCCCCCUACAACAACUUCUGUCCAAUAUUCCAGAGAUCAAAGAAGAACCUUUGGAUGAGAGUUGUGAAAAAGGACUUGAUUUAAUCUGUAAAACAAAUGCAACUGUUUCAACUGAAGCGACCCAGCUGUUGAUCUGCCAAGUGUGUAAUAUGUCCUUUGCCAAUAAGGCUGGCCUAACUGGUCAUCAACGUGUACACACCACAGAGCAUCCUUUUACCUGUAAAAUCUGCAACAGGGGCUUCUGGAAUAAAACUGUACUCCGAAAUCACUACAGGAAAUGUAGAUCUAAGAUGAUGCAAAAACCAGAAGCUCCUUUGAAAGCAAAGAUUGAUUUUGCAUUGAAUGCCUCUAAACACGUGUUUAAAGAAGAACCCAACACAACCGGUCCUGAGGUUUUACAGACCAGAUCUACUGACUCCUUCAAAGUCAAAGAAGAGGAAGAGGAGACAUCAGUGCAAAAUUAUGAGGGAAUAAGAAGUAGCUCAAAAAAGGAGAAGAAAACUGUGCAGUACCAAUGUUCAGAAUGUGAUAAGAGCUUUACUGAUGGCUUGUUACUUAUUAGUCACCUGGAAAACCAUGGAAGAGAAGAACAAGAGAAAAAGUGUAAUACAUGCACAAAGUGUGGACGGGUGUGCUCUAGUCAAGCAAAUCUAGAAAAGCACAUGAGGUUUCACAGAAAUAACCUGAAAUAUUCUUGCAAUGAGUGCUCCGAGGUGUUUCCAACUAUGUCCGAUUUUGAAAAACACAACAUAAUUCAUGACAUAAAUAAACCAUUUUGUUGCAAACUCUGCAAACAGAGGUUUGUGAGUCGGCCACUUUUAUGCGAGCAUUACUGUACACAACAUGCAGAUGUCAUUUUUCACUGCCAAUUCUGUAGCAAAGUCUAUGCAGUGAAAAAGUCACUUGCUAGACAUUACAAAACUUGGCAUCCAAAGGAGUGGAAGGAUUUUGGAAACACGGUGCUGGAAAAGAGCAACAGUGAACAGCAAUCUAGCAGUCAUGUAAGUACAGCUGGUGAAAGUGAUGAGAAUGAAAUUUAUGACAGUGACUCUGACUCGGCACCAUACUUCCCAUGUCAUGUGUGUGGCAAGACAUUCUCAACAUCAGAAAACCUCGAGGAUCAUCAGUUGUGUCACCUGGGUGAAAAGCCACAUGAAUGUGCAGAAUGUGGGAAAUGUUUUUUCCUCGCAUCCCAGCUUCAGCAACACCAACGAAUGCACAAGUCUGAAUUUCAGUGUCCAACAUGCGGCAGGGGCUUUGUGACUCUCUUUGCGUUGCGGAACCAUAAGCAUUCUCAUGGCAAGAAUCGACCACAUCGUUGCUCCAAGUGUCAGCUCAGUUUUCCAGGAGCUACACAGCUAGCAGAACACAUGUCUACCCACCGUGAGGAGAGCUUCCCAUGUGAUUUAUGCAGUCGGGUGUUUCAGUCCAAGAGUAGUAGAGCUGAACAUCGUAAGAGUCACACCAAAGCAGGUGACCACCCCUCACCAUCAGUUUCAACAGAACAGCCUGAACAGUCUGAAAGCUCGUUUGCAUACACAAUGCAGUUUAAAUAUCGCUGUGGUGUUUGCAGGGAGCGUUUCAGAGACCCGGAGGAGCUUUCAGAGCAUGGUUGCCUGGAAGCUAAAGAGCGACCAUACUCUUGCAUAGACUGCAAUAAACACUUUCUUCAUGCAUCUCACUUGAAAAAGCACAGCAGCACUCAUCAGCCAUCAUGGUCUAUUAGAGAAUACCCAUGCAGUCAGUGCAACAGUAGUUUUUCCUCCUCUCAGCUCUUCCUCAGUCAUCUCGAGAGCCAUGUUGCAGGAAAUGGACACAGAGAACCUUCAGACAGUUUCAUCUGUCCAGUUUGCCAUCAGUGUUUUCCCAGCCCCAUUGAACUGAUUCAUCAUUUCCCCACACAUCCCGAUGGUACGUCCAAGCCAGAGAAAAUUCACAGUUUCUCCUUUGGAAAUGAGCUCAGCCAGCAUGAAGGGCGACAUCUGACAUCAGCUGAAUGUGAAUGCACAGUGUGUGGUGAAAUCUUUUUGGAUGGUGAUGCUUUCCAUCGUCACAAGUGUUUCAGGGAGCAGCGUAUGCUCACCAAUCUCCUGACUAAGAAUCGAACUCAUCAGGCAGCAGGAGAAGAGGAGGAGGUUGAUGUUAUAGGAGAGGAUUUGUACAAGUGUUCUGACUGCUCACUGCAGUUCUCCUCCAAAAGCGCUCUCUUGGAGCAUCAAAAUAAACGACAUCAGGAUAGGAAGCAGUUUGAAUGUGAGCGCUGUGGAAAAACAUUUGCCAAGAUGCGAUACCUUAGAAAGCAUGAGAGCAGACAUCGUCUAAAAGAGGCCAAUAACAUUGCAGUUCAGCCAGUUGGGACGAAGUUCAAAUGUGGCCAGUGCUCCACAAAAUUAAAUACACCAGAAGAGCUGUCUUUGCACAUGAGACUGCAUGCUGAAGAACAAGCUGGGGAUUUUCGCUGUGACAUGUGUUACAAGUCAUUCAGCCAGCGGUCUCUCCUUAAGCAGCACCAAGAGAGUCAUGUUGGCGAGGUUGUAUAUGAAUGCACAGAAUGUGACAAAGCCUUUGCUUUUCCCCACUUACUAGAAGAACAUCAACAGACUCACGCUGGUUCCUCUCAGUAAUGGUUGCUACAAACUAUGUACUUUCAUCACUCUUAUUAUAGCUAAGGUAUCUUGAAAUCCCUUCAUGCCUUAUGUCUGGCUGUGUACCUCCACUUAUUAUCAAAUGUAGGUCCUUGAUUUUGCCCUCACUGUAUACUUAAAAAGCAUUUGACUUGUGUCACAAUGACACAUCUUGUCCUGAGCUUUUGUGUAUAUUUUCAUUUCUGUUAUAGUGGUUUGUAUACAAUACCUUAGCCAUAGUUUCUUGAAAGUUUGUAAUUCAACAAUAAAAAAUGGUUGUUUGAUAACAAAAUUGGUUAGGAAACUGUCUUGAAUUGCAACUCAGAUUUCUGAGGUUUGAUGUUUAUUUUAAAAUGCUGUUAAUCAGUUUUCUUGAUGAUAUGUAAGAUAAACGCUACCCUGAUCAUUUUAA